UGCGCAUUUGGAGCUGUGUGGUCGGGGAGGACGGAUAUUGUCGAGCUCAUUUCUCAGUUAAUAGUGAAUAGAGUCGCUCAUUCUUUCUAGAGCUGCCGGUGUCUUCCUCUGCUGACGUUUCCGGUUAAAAAAGAAAAUAUUUUAAACUAUUUAAAAACAUUUUUUUGUUCUGUUUUCAAGCCUGAUAGCCCCCUCCGUAAAGUGUGGGUUACUGAAGUAAUUUUACCUCUUUUUGUCUUCCGGCCUUGAGUUUCUUGACGUUGCUGGAGUAAAGGCGAGGGGAAUUUGUUUCCAUUAGAUUCCCCCUUCCCGUUGUAAUUGUAAUUUCAUUUUGCCCUACCUUUACUGGUAUAAAUGAAAACGAAAUUCUCUAGCGCAGUGGACACAGGGAUGGGGCUCCUGAUCGCACAGAAUGGCCUCCGUGCUCAGCACGAAGAAACCACUGACUACAAAGCGGGAAAGCAGGACGUACCCGACCAGCAGACUAAGCAUAAAGCUUAUCUAUGGUGCAAAGAAUUUCUUCGAGGUGCCUGGAAAACGUUAACAGAGGAAGAAUUCCAAAUAAAUAUCCUAAGGGGUGGCCUUAGUAAUCUGCUUUUUCUGUGCUCGUUACCCGAUACUAAAAGCUGUGUAAAUGACGAACCUCGCUGUGUUCUCCUUCGAUUAUAUGGAGCAAUUCUUCAGAUGACCUGUAAUAAAGGGGAGACCAAACAGAAUAACCAGGAUGGAUUUAAUAUUCGGGGAACUGAAGCCAUGGUUUUGGAAAGUGUUAUGUUUGCCAUCUUGGCAGAGCGAUCCCUUGGUCCCAAACUAUAUGGAAUCUUUCCUCAGGGUCGUUUGGAACAGUUCAUUGCAAGUCGGAAAUUGGAGACCAGAGAACUGGCUAUUCCAAGUAUUUCAACAGAAAUAGCAAAAAAGAUGGCCACCUUCCAUAGAAUGACAAUGCCAUUUAACAAAGAACCAAAGUGGUUGUUUUGUACUAUGGAAAAAUAUUUACAGCAAGUGAUGCGAAUUAACUUCACAAGAGAAUCGCAUGUUGGAGCAUUCCACAAACUUCUUGGUUACAACCUGCCUGAGGAACUCGAGAAGUUAAGGUCUUUGCUUCAAGCAACCCCUUCACCAGUUGUCUUCUGUCACAAUGACUGUCAAGAAGGAAAUCUUCUGCUGUUGGAUAAUGCUGAGAACUCAGAUCAGAAACUGAUGCUGAUCGACUUUGAAUACAGUAGCUACAACUUCAGAGGAUUUGAUUUUGGGAAUCACUUCUGUGAAUGGAUGUAUGACUACAACUGUGAUGAAUAUCCAUUUUUUAAAGCUGACAUCAAGAAUUACCCCACCAAAAUGCAGCAGCUUCAUUUUAUUCGAGCUUACAAUGUGGAGCUGCAGAAUGACUUGGAAGUCAUGGAUGAAAAACAGAUUGCAAAAAUGGAGGAACAACUGCUGGAAGAAGUAAAUAGAUAUGCACUUGCAUCACAUUUCUUUUGGGGCCUAUGGUCUAUUAUUCAAGCUCGGAUUUCAACAAUUGAAUUUGGAUAUUUGGAAUAUGCUAUUGCAAGAUUUGAAACCUAUUUUGAACAGAAAAGGCAUCUAGGUGUUUGAAAUCUAGUGGAUGAUCCAGUGGUGUGAAGUGAAGACAGAGGAAGAAAAGUAACGCUGGCAGGGCCAAUUAAGGAAAGUCGCAGCAAUAUCCAGUAGAGAUCUGGCUGUGGGUAUUUGAUUCAUGUGGUAGAACAUGGAUUUAUAGUGUUAAAAAAAUCAACUUUAUGGAAUGCAAAAAGUUAUGUUUACUUUUUAGAGAUGCUUUAUAAAUAGAAUUUUAAAAAGCACAGUAAUGUAUUGUUAAAUCAAUACUAAAUGGUUAAUUGAUCCUUUAACUGGAGUAACUUUAUUUGCUAGAUAUUUGGUGAACAAAAUAUUGGAUAGUGUACAUCUAAAUAUUCUUCCAGCUGGAAAAUUUGACAUGUAUUUUUAAAAGCCUUUUUUUGAAACAUUACUUUUCUGUUUUUCAGCAAAGCUUAUUUUUUAGGUAAAGUAACAAUACGAAUGAGCCAUAGUUGAUUUAUUUGUUGAAAUACUUGCCUGUAAAUGUAGAUUAAAACACUCUGUAAUAAUUUAUUGCACUCUAAUUGGGAAGCAAAGCUGCUGAAGUUAAUUUUGUAUGUACACUAUUGUAUAAUUUUGCUUUAUUAAUGGUAUAAUACAUCUGACUGAUAUUUGAGCCAUAUAGGGCAACAGCACCCAAAUCCUAUUGAUUGAAAAGCUAGACGUUUAGCAACCUGGUGGGAUAGCUCUUUAAAUGCUUGUAUCUUCCCAGUCAUCUCCAAAUAAUCUUGCAAUAAGAUGGUCCAAGUUGCUAAUGAACCAGGAUGCCUGUCAGUGUUCUUUGCUGGUAUUCAUAUUGUUAGAUCAUUUGAACUUUUAAGUGUAGCCCUGAAGUUGGAUAUUCCAUCUCUGGUGUUUAGCUAGUGCAAAUCUAUACCUAUGUUUAUUUUAGAUGAGUAUAAGAGUGGAAAAUUGUAGACACACAAAUCUAAUUAACGGAAAGGUGUUAUGGACAGAACUUGAUCACUGAAAUGGGACAAUCAUUUCUAAUAUAAUGAGCUGAUGUAGUUUUUAAAAAAUCAUAAUUUAGGAUUAUAAGGCUUUGGCUGUUUUGAUUUUUUUUCAGUCUGACGUCAUACAUUUAGAUGCUUUGAAAGAAUGUGUUGCAUUUAUACUCUUAUAUACAAUAAUACUGUAGUGUGAAUAAAUAUAUUACAUAUUAAUGAUUUUGUAACAGGAGUUGCAAAUACAGUAAAUGAUUAAGCUAAAUCAAGGUUUCAAAGUUCAACAUUGGCAAGAUUCCAUUUGAGGUGAACAAGCAGGAAUUUGUACAAAGGCAGCUGUUCUGAGCUCAUGCCAGAGUAGAAUUUCCAAUCCCGAUACAUCAUUUUCUAACAUUUAUUCAGAUUAGCUAUUCUGCAGUUUCAUACACUGUUUAGUUUCCAAGCCAAUCAGAUUGUGAAUUUCUGUACAUAAUGAGUAACGAUGACUAAUGUUUAUUGGUAAUUUAGUAUUUUAUUACUUAUUGUCUGUAACUCAGUUGGUGUGCUCACAUAGGUCAAAUAAACUAACAUCUGACUUC